AUGCAAUGCUAUGAUAGGAAAAUUGAACUUGGUCAUUGUUUAUCAUUAACUGAAUUGAAUUUUACACAUUAUAAUAGAUUUAAUGAAGAGAUUAAACCAGGUGAUCUACCAAUUACUUUAAAAAAACUUUCACUCGGUAGUAUAUUUAAUAAAGCAUUGAUUCAUGGUUCAAUUCCACCUCAAUUAGAGUAUUUAAAUUUAGGUGAAGAAUUUAAUAAACCAUUGGAAGAGGGAAUACUACCAAACUCUAUCAAAACUCUUUAUUUAGGUGUUAAAUUCUCUCAAAUAUUAAAAGUUUUUGAUUUACCAAAAUCUUUAACAAAUCUAAUUGGUAUUGGAAAUUUAAAAUUACAAUCACCAAAUGUUUUAAAUCAAUUAACUCAAUUAAUUGAAUUAAAUCUUGGAAACUAUUAUAAUCAUCAAAUUGAAGUUAAUUAUUUACCUCUUAAUUUAAAAUCUUUAAAUUUAGGUUCAUUAAAUCAAUCUUUAAUUCCAAAUUCAUUACCAAAUUCAAUCACUUUUUUAGAUAUGGGGAAAUUAUAUAAUCAUAAAUUAGAUAUUAAUAUUUUACCAAAAUCAUUAAAUCAUUUAAUAUUUUCAAAUGAAUUUAAUCAAUCACUUUGUGGUGGUGGUGGUGUUGGUGGUGAUGGUAGUGUAGGUGGUGGUGGUGAUGAUGCUGACCAAAAUCUAAUACCAAUUAAUUGUAGUAUAUUGGAAUUUUCUGGAAAUUUAAAUUCAAGUUUAGUAUUUGGUAAAGAUAUUAUAAUUCCUUCAAGUAUAAAAAAACUUAAAAUACAUUUACGAAAUAGUAAAUGUAUAAAAGUUGGUUCGAUUCCAUUAACAGUUGUUGAUUUAUUUUUAAAAGGUAGUUUACCAUUGCAAAUUCCAAUUGGUAUGAUACCAACAUCAAUUACAACAUUACAUAUCGAUUUCUAUGGUUAUCAAAUUUCACCUUUUGUUAUUCCAAACUCUGUUAUAAAUCUUUCAUUUGAUUUUUAUAAUCAACCUUUAUUGGAAAAUUCAAUACCAUCAUCUGUUGUUACAUUGGAUUUAGGAAAAUACUUUAAUCAUUCAAUUUCAUCAAAAAAUAUUCCUUCCUCUAUUCGUUACUUAAAAUUAGGUUUAAAUUUCAAUCAUUCAAUUACUGAUAUUUUUAAUAUCACUCAUUUAACAAUACCAAGUUAUUUUAAAUAUCAAUUAAAACAAUUAAAAUUACCAAAUUUAAUUUCAGUUACUUUUUUAUAA